AUGCUGGACCGGCUGCCAGGCGGGUGCCUAACGCGUGCGGAGCAGGUGAGGGAGAUCGCGCGGUUACACGAGGAGCUGGAGCGCAAGCGCAAGCUGGUAAGGCAGUAUGCCGAGCACGACCUGGUCGCUCGUGUGCUCGCGCAGAAACCAGUCGCACCGCAGAAGGAGGAGAUGGCGAUGGAGGACGAUGGCGCCGAAGAGGCCAAUGAGGAGGCCGAGGAUGUGAUGAUUGAUGAGGAAGUGUUUGCCGAUGUCGACGGUAUGGGGAAGGACGUGGGGGAUGACGUCCUUAUGGGGUUAGAUAUUUGAAGCGGUGCGUGGACGGUGCGGGGUCGGAUGCCUCAUGGUUGUAUGUAUGUAUGUGUGAUUGUUUUACUUGUUAUUGCAAAUGAGUGGGAGGUUAUAUAUGAGUUGCACGAGUUGUAUGGAGCACGAAGCGGGCGAGAGAGCGGGACCAUUCCCUACCAAAGGUUUUGGGAAGAAAUCACAGUUGUGGCGUGCAGAAGUGGUUGCCUGGCCUCUGGCAGAGGAGCCAUUUGGUAUAGAAGUGGUGUAAAAUGUACAGUAUCUUGGCUCUGUGAGCGAUAAAUCUUGGAAAUAGGCCUAGUGUCUAUUUGACUUUUUUUUUUCCUGAA